UUGGAACUGUAGUCAGUUUUGGGCACACAGAUACAACAUUUUAGGUUCGCGGUUUUACUGUGCUUGUCAUCGUGUAGAGCGCAAAAGUAACAAGCGGAUGCGUUAUAAAUUUCUCGUUAAAGCGUAUGUAGAACGAAGUACCAGUGAUCGUUAAAGAUAGCCACCACGUUUUCACGAGAACUCCCUUGUCUAACCCUGCCUGUUAUGCGGUGGUGAACGUCGACAGUGACGGAUGGUAGUGUUGUAGCACGAAGAUUUGCGAUGUUCUGAAGUUUCCUGACGAAAAAUUCGAGCUACUGCUAACGAUGUGCAUCCUGAUGUAACUACAUCGAAAUUAUUGUAGACAGUAGUAACAGUGACGCUGACUCGACAAGCGUAUAAAAAUAGGAUGUCAGGGCAUAGAGGUGGAGGAGGGGCUGGGAGUCAUCAAGGAGGCCCAGCAGGCCUCAAACAAAUAGAUUUAGAUCAAAUUUGGGGAGAUCUACGUGAAGGUAUUGAACAAGUUUAUAACAGACAAUGUAUGUCUAAACCAAGAUAUAUAGAGUUGUACACACAUGUAUAUAAUUAUUGCACAAGUGUUCAUCAACAAUUAACUAGAACAUCAACCAAAAGUAAGAAAGGACAAAUUUCUCAAGGAGGUGCACAGUUAGUUGGUUUGGAGUUAUAUAAACGUUUACGUGACUUUCUUAGAAAUUACCUUAUAAGUUUAUUGAAGCAUGGAAUCGACUUGAUGGAUGAAGAUGUAUUGCAGUUCUAUACAAGACAAUGGGAAGAAUAUCAGUUUAGUAGUAAAGUACUGAAUGGUGUAUGCUCAUAUCUAAAUCGACAUUGGGUACGUAGAGAAUGUGAGGAGGGUCGUAAAGGAAUUUAUGAAGUUUAUCAAUCAGCUUUGGUUACAUGGCGAGAUAACUUAUUCAAGCAUUUAAAUAGACAAGUUACUAAUGCAGUACUUAAAUUAAUUGAGCGGGAACGCAAUGGGGAAACAAUAAAUACACGUUUAGUCAGUGGUGUAAUCAAUUGUUACGUAGAAUUAGGUUUGAAUGAGGAUGAUCCUGGUGCUAAAGGACAGAAUCUUACUGUUUACAAAGAUUCUUUUGAAAAUGUCUUCCUUGAAGAUACAGAAAGGUUUUAUACUCGAGAAAGUUCAGAGUUCCUUCGACAAAAUCCAGUUACAGAAUAUAUGAAAAAGGCAGAACAAAGGUUAUUGGAAGAACAAAAGCGAGUUCAGGUAUAUUUGCAUCAAACAACGCACGAAAUAUUAGCAAAAACGUGUGAAAGAGUGUUAAUUGAAAAACAUUUGGACAUUUUUCAUUCUGAAUUUCAAAAUCUCUUGGAUGCUGACAAAAACACAGACUUAGGUCGGAUGUAUCAGUUAGUGGCACGAAUUCCAAAUGGUCUUGGAGAAUUGCGGAAUCUUUUAGAAGGUCAUAUAGCUAAUCAAGGACUUGGAGCUAUCGAUAAAUGCGGUGAUUCUGCAGUUAAUGAUCCAAAGGUUUAUGUAAACACUAUUUUGGAGGUUCAUAAAAAAUACAAUGCUUUAGUACUUGUUGCAUUUAAUAAUGACAGUGGUUUUGUGGCAGCUCUUGAUAAGGCUUGCGGAAGAUUCAUUAACAGUAAUUCAGUAACUAGGGCAGCAAAUAGCAGCAGCAAAUCACCAGAAUUAUUAGCAAAAUAUUGUGACUUGUUGUUAAAAAAGAGUAGCAAAAAUCCUGAAGAAGCUGAACUUGAAGAUACACUGAACCAAGUUAUGGUGGUAUUUAAAUAUAUAGAAGACAAAGAUGUGUUUCAAAAAUUCUAUAGUAAAAUGCUGGCAAAACGAUUAGUACAACAUAUGUCUGCCAGUGAUGAUGCAGAAGCUUCUAUGAUUUCUAAAUUGAAACAAGCUUGUGGUUUUGAAUAUACUUCAAAAUUGCAACGAAUGUUUCAGGAUAUUGGUGUGUCUAAAGAUCUAAAUGAGCAGUUUAGAAGACAUUUGACAAAUUCUGCUGAACCAUUGGAUAUAGAUUUCAAUAUACAAGUGUUGUCUUCUGGUUCUUGGCCUUUUCAACAAUCCUUUACAUUUUCAUUACCAACAGAGCUAGAGAGAUCUGUACAUAGGUUCACCACUUUCUAUAGUUCACAGCAUAGUGGAAGAAAGUUGAAUUGGUUGUACAAUAUGUCUAAAGGAGAAUUGCAUACAAAUUGUUUCAAAAACAGAUACACGUUGCAAGCAUCCACGUUUCAAAUGGCUGUUCUCUUACAAUAUAAUGGUUCUACUGUAUGGACGAUACAACAAUUACAUGAUGCUACACAGAUAAAAAUGGAUUUUUUGCUUCAGGUUAUUCAAAUACUCUUGAAAGCUAAACUAUUAACGGCAGCUACUGAUGACGAAGCUGAAUUGACACCACUGUCAACAGUUGAGCUUUUCACAGGAUAUAAAAACAAGAAGCUGCGGGUUAAUAUCAAUAUACCAAUGAAAACGGAAUUAAAGAUUGAACAGGAAACAACACAAAAAAAUAUAGAAGAAGAUAGAAAACUCUUAAUUCAGGCAGCUAUUGUUAGGAUUAUGAAAAUGAGAAAAGUACUCAAACAUCAACAAUUGGUAGCUGAAGUAUUGAAUCAAUUAAGCUCUAGGUUCAAACCAAGAGUACACGUUAUUAAGAAAUGUAUAGAUAUUUUAAUUGAGAAAGAAUAUCUGGAGCGCACAGAGGGUCAAAAGGACACAUAUAGCUACCUGGCAUGAUCAAGUUGAUCUACGACAACGAUACAGCAGCAAUCAUACACGCGAACGAAAGAUGACUGUCCAAUGUCAUUGCUAGAUAUUGUCACAAUAUUUAUUUAAGUUUCGAAUUUGAAUCUCAUACAUUCUCCUUGUACAUGGAUGCCCUUAUACCAUGUUGUCCCUCUGGUCGCAUUUAGAGUCUGGUUUUUAUAAUAUCAAAAGGACACUUAUAGCUACCUGGCAUGAUCAAGUUGAUCUACGACAACGAUACAGCAGCAACCAUACACGCGAACGAAAGAUGACUGUCCAAUGUCAUUGCUAGAUAUUGUCACAAUAUUUAUUUAAGUCUCGAAUUUGAAUCUCAUACAUUCUCCUUGUACAUGGAUGCCCUUGUACCAUGUUGUCCCUCUGGUCGCAUUUAGAGUCUGGUUUUUAUAAUACGUUAAUAAAAUCAUUUCAUAGUCAAGCUGCUAGAUGUAUUACUGUCUACGCCGCCUUUGACGUAAAUUCAAGUGUUACUGAUUUUUGAUACGAUAUCGUGUUGUGAAACGAAAAAUGCACGAAUCUAACUUUUACAUUCAUAACCUUGCAAAGAACAAUAAAAAAAAAAAAUGUUUUCGAAAUUAUAAACUCGUAAAAAUAAAUAGAAGAAAAAAGAAAAAAAGAGCGAGAAAAUUUAGUAUUAAGCGUGAUAAGAGUGAAAUAAAUAAAACACUCUGUAAGUAAAAUAAUGUUUCAAACAAAUUUAACAUAUAUUAUAAGACACAUAUUAACAAACGAGGAUGAAAGGCUGGGCAUGCACCAUUUCCUUUUAUUAUUUUUUUUUUCUCCUCUUCCGUUUUCCUUCGAAUAAUAUAAAGUGCAUUGUUCGUAUAUAAUUUCUACGAGCUUACAGAGUAGGAAAGAAAUGUAACUUCAUUAAUUAUUUGUAUUAUAACAUAAUAUGAAACACAUGAAUUUAAACACAUAGAUAGUAAUGCAUUUUAAUGCAACAGUCGAGAAGUUUAAUUAAUAAUUACGUGUAUAACGGAAAAAAUUUUAUACCAGUGAAUAAAAAAGUUUACCCUAAUAAUAUAAAAGUCAAUCUAUGUUUUCAGGAAUAAUAUACUCAUGGUUACGUAAAUUUUUAUUAUGACUUAUAAAGUUUGAAAAUUCAUAUGAUUAUUUCGAAGUUGAUUUAUAGUAAAAAUUAAUGGGAAAAGUGGUAUUUCAUAUAAAAACUUUCAAAACUAAGGAAUGUACUUUAAUUUAUGAUUUGUUUUUCUCCGAUCGGUGAUAGAUAUAUCAACCUUAUGAUACCAAUUAUUUAAAUAUUUUAUUAAACAUGAAACUUUCUAGAGACUAAAAUAAAUUGAAUAUUUAAAGUGCAAUAUGAAAUAAUGCGGAAAUCUGUGGUGUAGUAUAAUUUUAAAUAUAAACUCAAGCAGUGAUUUAAAUAUGAAAAUUGUUAAUGUAUCAGUGCUUUUAAUUUUAAUAAGGAUAGCAAAUUUCGAUGUAUACAUAUAUGUGAGGCUGAGUUGUAAAACGCAAUGUGUAAAAGGGUUAUAAAAUAAGAAUUUUAAACGGAACGUUAUCGUAAUUAUAAAAAGGAGAGGGGCAUCAAAAAUGGGCGAAAGAGUUCUAAGCAUUUGAGAAUAGCAUCUUCGUAUUAAGUGCGAGUGCGAGAGAGAACGAGAAAGAGAGAAAGAAAACAAUUAAUUUAAUAUAUUUUAUUAAACAGAACAUAUUAGAGAUUUAAAUAGUAAAAACACUAAAACAACAUUAUUCAAGUUAGAUUGCGCAGAAAUGGUUAAACGGAAAAUAAAAACAUAUAUCAUCUUCGUUCACUUUUUUGUGACACUUGACAUUAUUUAACUAAUUUCAAGUGAUAGUAUUUAGAAUAUGUCGAGCUGCUUUUAUAAGCGUAGAAAAUAUACGAUAGUACAUAUAUUGUUUAAGCGAGGAUAUAAAAUAAAAAUCUGUAAAAUUCAUUUGAUAAAAAAAUAGUCAGUGUUUUCUGAGACGUUUGAAGAUUAAACUUUGAGAUGAAUUCAA